GUUACUUAAACGCAAACGGGAGGCAGUUGUAAGAUGGACGUCGAUUCGCCCAAUGCCCUUAAGCGUUGCUCCAGUGCACCACAGAUCAAUAACCUCCUACCGAGCACAAGUGUCGGUGUGCAGCCGAUGGAAGAAGGACAAUCGCAACCCGUGCCAAGCACCAGCGGUAACAGCAACAACCGUACCAUCAUCAGCAGCACCAGCCAAAUACAGAACGCUGGCGGCGUGCAUCAGUCGGACGGACAUCCGGAACCACUGCAAACGGGUAAUGCUAGUAUGCUGAACACAAACAAUUUUCAUCCAGGAACAUCCGGCACAGGAUCCAGGGAAUCACUUCCGACCUCGUUUUCGAACAUAUUUACACCACGAGUUCGACGGUUUUCGGCCAGUUUUAGCCCGCUAGCCGUUAUUUCGAAUGGUAGUGCCAGCCCGGGACGGAAUGGAAGCGGAACACCCGGACCUCGGCUAACGCCACGGAUAUCCCAGCUGCGGCAGGAAGAGUGUGCCGAUGUGAGCAACAGCCGGGAGGUGAACCACGAGCGAGAAAUUCACACUGCCAUGCAGAUGUCGCAAAGUUGCGAAGAUUUAACGCUCGUUGCGGAAAAUUGGUCCUUUUCGUCCGGAUCCGCCGGGAAGAUGGUGAUCGAUGAUCUGCAAAAUCCACUGCACGUCGCAUUGCCGACGAUCGGUUCGACCUGCUGUUCUAGUCCAUCUCCUACGAGCCGCGGAGGUAUCGGAUUACAGUAUCCAACAACAUCGCCCUCGCCGACCCGAAAGUUUGUCACGCGUCGCUCGAUGUCACCGUGCCCGUUGCGACCGAGCCCACUCAGCUCGUCCGUAAAGCGGAAGUUUGAUCUGGAGGACAAUUAUGGCAACUGUUACUCACCACCGUCGAAGAAAAUCUUUGCUUCUGAAAGAGGUACAUCGCCCAUCUGUCUAACGCCAUCGCCAUCACCGAUCUGUCCGAGUCCGGAUUCAUCGACGACCUCGUUUGAGAAUGGUAGCAACAAUAAUAAUGGUCUGGGCGGUAAUAUCCCACUGUGUGGUCCGUUUCCGCUCGCCGCCACCACCAGCUCCACCAACAGUGGACGUAUAACACCAAAGUUUUUCCUGACCAAGCUAACAGGAAUACCGAGCCCGGGUGCUACAACCGUUUGCUCGAGCGCACCGUUCGGUACGAUGCAUUUCGGUGGAAACAGUGGUUCGAGCAGUGCCUGUUCGACACCGACCGGUAUCGCGAAUCCGAUCGGAACGCUUGGCGGUGGGAAUGCUGCCAUAAUGAUGGAUUGUGGCGUAAGCAGUAGUACGGGCGGUGCGGUCGAAUGUAGGGAUAGUACGAUGGAUGUUAGCCAUACCGGUGAGGCGAAUAUGUAUGAAGAUAGAUCUAGUAUGGGGGUGGUCGUGGAAGAUGGCGUAGGACGGUCGAAGGAGGAUCCGACGGUUAAUACCGGUGAUAGCAUUAAGAUGGCAUGUGAUGAAGGUGAUGCGAAUAUUAGUGAUAAUCAGCGCCAGCGCAGACUGAUCAUUGGGCAAACAGCGGUGGCAAUCAGUGGUUCGCGGGAGUUGCGCGAACAGGUACUGAAAUCGGCGUUGGACCCGGAUGCGGCUGGCAGUUGCAACAGUAAUAGUAGCAACAGCAGCAGUAGUAGUAAUAGCAGUAGUAGCAGCAGCAACACUACUACCACUAGCGAUAGUAAUAACAGUGCCAACACUAAUAGUAGUCGUAUGAGUAGCGGAACUGGUCCCAGUAGUAGUAGUAGUAGCAGUAAUACCAGCAACAGCAGCAUCGAUACGGGUGGAUCGGCUGCGGCAAGUGGUGGUACGGCUGCUACUAUCUGUCCUCCGCUUACCUCGUUCCCUAUGAUGGCCAUACCAAGCAAUCUGGCAGAGAUUGCCGAAUCAUGA